ACGACUUGGGGCCGAAAAACUGGUAAACAACUUAACCUUGCCAUGGAUCUCGACUAGCCGGCGUAUAUAUAUACUUAUGUAACUGGAAACGUCAACCGGUUCCCUGAACUUUGCCUUCGUUGAGAAUGUCUUCUUCUGCAACACCUUCAAAUUCUGGCGUCGGUGUCAACGAGCAUACUCCUCUUCUCGACCCAGGACAGCAAGGCCCGAAGGAGCCCACUCCCUUGCCAAAGCUUCAGAUAUCAAUUUUAUUGCUGGCACUGCUGGUUGAGCCAAUUGCAUCUCAAUCUAUCUAUCCUUACAUCAAUCAGCUUGUCAGUGAGUUGGACAUCACUGGCGGUGAUGAGCGGAAAGUCGGAUAUUAUGCGGGGCUGAUCGUAACCGUGCUUCGGAUCGUGUUGGCCGUAAACCUGUUCUCUUGAUAGGGAUCUUCGGGCUCUCCCUAUCAAUGUUGUGUUUUGGAUUAUCCAAGACACUGUUGCGGCUGAUUCUCAGUCGUUGCAUUACUGGAGCCUUGAAUGG